AUGGCAUCUCCCGCCAGGACCAUGACUGGCACUCCUCGCAAAGAUAUUUCGAAUACCCCGCUGGUCAAAGGACGCACUACGAGGCGAGACGUUGAUCCAGAUAUGACGGCGAUAACCAACAAACUUGGCGCAAAUUCGCUCUCAGAUGCACAGAAUCGGAUCGGGCCCACGGGAACGACCGUCCGCAGGCCACAGCUCAAGGCCUGGGAGCAGGAACUCAUCGAAGGCAGUUCCGAGGUCAAACGCAAGGCAACCAUUACGCAACUCUACUUCCUUGACUAUUACUUCUCGUCUCUCAGUUACCUUGCUGCUCGAAAGGAGCGUCGUGCCAAGUUUGACGAGGAUACAGCUGCUCGACAACUAACUCCGGAUCAGCAAGAGAAAGAGCUGAAAAACUAUCUCGGCCGGGAACGUGUCCUACUCAGGAAGAGACGCACAAAGCUCAAGGUGGAUCAGUUUCAUAUCAUCGCCCAAGUUGGGCAAGGUGGUUAUGGUGAAGUCUUUCUGGCCCGGAAGCAAGACUCUGGAGAGGUGUGCGCUCUGAAGAAGAUGCGGAAAGGAACCCUCAUCAAGAUGGACGAAGCGAGGCAUGUUCUAGUGGAGAGAGAUAUCUUGACGGCCACCAAGAGUCCCUGGCUUGUCAGGUUGCUUUAUGCAUUCCAGGAUCCAGAAUUCUCAGAGACUUUAUUGAUCCCAAUCCCAAGUUACCUGGCCAUGGAAUACGUUCCAGGUGGAGACUUCCGUACACUACUCAACAACUCUGGAGUUCUCAAGGAGGAGCAUGCAAGGUUUUACAUCUCGGAAAUGUUCAUGGCAGUCACAGAACUACAUCGACUCGGGUAUAUUCACCGUGAUCUCAAACCCGAGAACUUUCUAGUCGAUGGUCAAGGUCAUGUCAAGCUUACCGAUUUUGGACUCGCAACUGGCUCGUUGGAUCCUUCGCGGAUAGAGUCUCUGAAAAGGAAACUGGAUCGAGUCAAGAACAACGAGCCUAUUGUCCGCAGCACCAUGGAGCGUCGUAGCCAAUUUGCCACUAUGCGUGCGAAUAAUCCAAGAUUCGCCGAUUCGGUUGUAGGAAGCCCGGACUACAUGGCACCCGAGGUCCUCCGAGGAAAGGCGUAUUCAUACUCUGUCGACUAUUGGUCCAUAGGUUGCAUCCUCUUCGAAUUCCUCGCAGGGUUUCCUCCUUUCUCUGGGCAGACCCAAGAGGAGACUUGGACCAACCUCAAAAACUGGACAAAAGUUCUUACCCGACCAACAUACGACAAACCAGAGGAUCUGAUCUUCAACUUGCGCGACGUCUCUUGGGAUCUUAUCACGAGGUUGAUUGCGCACGCCUCUGUUCGAUAUAGCACAUUCGAGCAGGUUACAACCCACCCAUUCUUCACGGGGUCGAAGACGGACUUCUCCAAACUGCGGGAGCGCACGCCUCCAUUCGUCCCCAGCCUCGAUUCCGAGAUUGACACUGGCUACUACGAUGACUUUACGUCACUAGAAGAUAUGGCCAAGUAUGCUGAAGUCCAGGCAAAGAAGGACAAUGUCGACAAGAUACGUUCCAAGGCUGGGGUGGAUGAGAGCAAGAGAGGUGUAUGGGUCGGGUUUACCUUUGGAAAGACUGGUGUCAGUCAGCAAACGCGACAUGCUCUGAGAGGAGGCGAGGUCAACGAGUUUGGGGAGACGGUAGAUGAUGCUCCAGAAGGCCUGUUUACCAUUUUUUAG